UUAAAUCAUGUGACGCGAACUAAAAAGCCGUUGAAAAGCUCCACAAUAGUGAGAAUUCACUAAUCUUCAUCAAGAAAAUUACUUACCAGAAAUUUUCCUGGACAUUCGCUGAAAAAUCCUGAAAUCCUAGAUAUGAAAAUUAAGUGCUACAGCAAACUUGAUGGGAUGAAGAAUUCUUUAUUUUCAUUUAAUUUUCAUAAUUCCUCUUGACGUAGCAGUCAGUCAUACCCAGCAUACUUUCAAUAAUCUAUCUAUCGUAGUUCACAGCAAAGAAAGAAAAUAAUGAUUUGUAGCAGUUUUUUUUAAAGCUGCAAUUAUGCUGUUGGUUAAGGUGCACUUUCCGAUUAAACUGAACAAUAUGUUAUAAACUGAGGAUAUAUUAGUACACAGUACAGCGCUGAAGCGUAUGAAGCAUAAUUCUAAUCCACCUGAGUAUGCAGCAUAAAUACCACUAUAUACUAUGAAGUCGAACUCAGUUUGGAACGCUCUAAGCUUCUAAAGUCUAUUAAAAACAAAAUAAAGACCAAAUUUCUAGAACUACAUAGAUUCUUGGAGCUGUAAACCCGAACCUGGCUCGGAAACAAAGGUCACCUUCAAGACAAGUGUAUUCCUCGCCAGGUGUUUCGUGUAUAUCAAAACACAUUUCAGAGAGGAGUCACCUGUCAAUAGACGAAAAAAAGUUGCUAAGCCGUUCCUUACAAUGACAUAUGUAUUAUAAUUCAGGAAAAAUAAUGUUUCCAUGUAAAAUUAAGAGGUGAAAUGCUCCUCCCCGUGCCUAAGAUCCGCACAGGUUAUUUUGCUCUUCAAGUAUCAUUGCAAGGAACCACUGUAAAAUAUAAGUGCAUAUGAAUAAAGGCGUAGGUACAUCUGUAAACACGGGGCGGUGCAUAUAUUAGCAGGUGAGCGCUGCUUGGAAACAGACAUCAACUGGAGAGCCUGCCGACACUGACGACUCCUCCCUACUCGAGAGCUAUUCUCUGCUAUAACGAAGCCCAAGUGAGUCCAUCCACCACCAUGAAGACACUGCUAGCGGUGGUGGAGGUGGUGCUGGUGGUGCUGGUGAGCCUGCCAUGCUGUCUGCCUCAGGCUAUACAUCCACGGCAAGUUGCUGCAAAGGAAGAUCAGAGUGCAUAUGCUAAACAUUCUAGUUCGGCUCCUUGUCUUCCCGAAGGGAAAUGCCAAAAUAAAUAUGGUGGAUUUUGCUUCAACUCCAAAACGGAGAACCCGAUGUGUGAUGGAGUACUAAAGGAAAAAGGCGUGUGUUCUAAUACACGCGACCCAAUGUGUUCGUGCUGCAUCAACUGUUUAGACAACCCCUGCAAUCCUGAGGGAAAGGGAAAGAAGCUAAAGGGAGAGAGCUUCUGCAGGAAAGAAUGCAUGGAAAACGAAUACUCUGUGUCAAAAUGUAACCUCUACUGCCAAUGCUGCGUACCCUGCAUUCCUACCAAAUGCAUGGGUCGGUGUGUAAAUCAUCCUGACCUCUGUGUCGGAGCUAAGGAAUACAUCGAGGGUGUCUGUACGGGCAACACAUGCGCUUGCUGUGUCACCUGUGAACCUGAUCCGGACUGUAAAAAAUCAGGAGGACAGUGCGUCGCUUCUGAUGAGGAGUGCCCCUGUGGGUUCCAGCCCAGCCUUUCCUUUGGCUGCAAUAGUGGAAACAUAAACUGUAAAUGCUGCACUCCAUGCCCUAAUUCCAAAUUGUGUUCGAGUGGCAUCGAGGCGGGGAUAUGCGUACCUAACAACUUUAACUGCAAUGGCCAUGACGAGUACAUAUCAGACGAUGCGUGCUGUCAAAGAACGUGUUCAUGCUGCAAGACCUGCCAGCCUGACAAGCUAUGUGAAGCUGAGAACGGAAAUUGCUAUAAGAAAGAAAUUGGCUGUGGCCCCGGAAUGAUGGCAAGCAUACAAGGCAAAUGCACCAGCGAUAACUGCGUCUGUUGUAUACCGGAACAAUGCCCCAAAUCUUGCAACUGCAUUGCUGGACCCAACCCUGGAAGAUGCGUGGCUGAGCCUUACAUCCUAAAGGCCAACGAAUACCUAUCAGGGGAGAAGUGCAUAGGCCCUAAGUGUUCCUGUUACAAGACUUGCACCCCUGAUGAAAUGUGCUCCACUUUGAAAGGCAUCUGCUUCAACAUCAAAGAUGGGUGUGACAAAGGACUAACUCUCAGUGAUAAGGGUUCCUGCAACAGCAAGAACUGCAUCUGCUGUGUUAAAGAACAGGUUAGUUGUGAGAAAACAGAUGCCUGCACUUAUGCCCAUAAUAUUGGAAGAUGCGAGUUUGAUAUGGAAAAAUGCAGCUCACCUUAUGAAUACAUAAGUGACGACACUCCGUGUAAUGGGGGAAAAAAUUGUUUCUGUUGCAAGACCUGCUAUUCUUCGAGAACUUGCACCAAUUUAAAUGGCAACUGCUAUCCAAAGAAAGCGGGUUGUCCCAAAGGACUUAUAAUGAGUGAAUACAACAGUUGCAGUACUUCUUGCAUUUGCUGCAUCCCCAUAUAAACACAUGAAAAACCUAUGAGGUGGCGAGGACCAGCAGGAAGUGAAGACCUGUCAGACAACGCAUCACCCUGCCGACCAACUUAAUUUUCCGCUGAUUGCAUGCUUUGUUUCCUUUAAUUGUUCCACAUUUAUUAUUUCUUUGAUUCAAUAAAACUAUGAAAAACAUUAAAUAUAUAAAUAAAGGAGAAUUAUUAUCAAGUUACAUAAAUGUGUAAAACAAACACUAUACAUAUGCAAUAUUAAUAUGUAGCUACCCUACUAUAUUGAUUGGACAUUGGUCAUGACAGAAAUAUUAUAAUCUCUUCAUUCAUUCUCCUUACUUAUCACAAUAUUCAACUAUUUUCUUUUUCUAAUCAU